AAGAAUUUUCAGAAGAGUAAGAAGUGAUCCUGAACAUGUUAAAUGGUACUCAUAGUUGGUUAUCACCUAUUCAGGAUAAUAUUAGAUGAAAUAAAAGAUGGAUGUAUUUGACUUGAGCAGUCAGGAAGAGUUCUCUCCCUUUAAACCUCUCACAAAACGAGCUAGGAAAGUCUUUGAUAAACCCAGCGAUGUUGCUGUUUACCCUGGCAACAAAAAUACUGACACAGGAACAUUGACCAAAACUUCAGAAAAUUUACAUGACAGUCCAGCAGGUGUUGGCAAUUCUAAAAAUUUAUCAGGAGGAAAUAACACAUAUUCUUGUAUUGAUGAACUUGGUGUGGAAGUAAAUUCUGAGAUUAAAGAUUACAAACUGAAAGCAGAGAGAGACUGUGGUAAACCUGUGUAUAUUUACAGCCAGGAAUUGAUUCAAUGCUGUUAUGCAAUGCCUAAAAUCAUCAAUAGGGCAAGUAUGGUUCACAGUUUAAUUGAAGCAUACGGAUUACUCCAGUUUAUGCAGGUCACGCCCCCACGUAGAGCCUUGGACCAGGAGAUGUCGGGAUUCCAUGCUAAAGAUUACAUUGACUUCCUGGCUUUACUCAGCAAACAGAAUGACGAGGAAAAAUAUGAAGAAGAAAGUGAACAGUAUGGCCUCACCUAUGACUGCCCGAUCAAUCGUCACGUUUACACAUAUGCUUCUUUGACCAGUGGGGCAUCACUCAGGGCUGCUGAAUGUCUGCUGGAGGGGCGGAGUCAGGUCGCUGUCAAUUGGUGUGGGGGAUGGCAUCAUGCUAAGAGACACACAGCAUCAGGAUUCUGCUAUGUCAAUGACAUUGUUCUUGCCAUCUUAAAACUGAGAGAGAAGUUUGAGAGAGUUCUAUACUUGGAUCUAGAUGUACAUCAUGGAGACGGUGUGGAGGAAGCAUUCUGUGCAUCGUCCAAAGUGAUGACAGUCUCAGUUCACAAACACUCCCCAGGAUUUUUCCCAGGAUCUGGAGGAUUAAGUCACACUGGAGUUGGUAAGGGAAAGGGAUACACUGUUAACAUUCCACUACUGGAUGGCAUGAGAGAUGAAGAGUUUGUUCCCCUGGUCUGCAGAGUCCUACACAAAGUUCAUGAAGUGUAUAGACCCCAGGCAGUGGUGUGUCAGUGUGGAGCUGAUGGACUCAGUGGUGACCCUAUGGAUUCCUUUAAUCUCACUCACACAGCGUAUGGUCGAUGUUUACAAUUCCUUCUACAGUGGAAGCUCCCAACACUUGUAUUAGGAGGAGGAGGUUACCACAAUGCUAACACAGCUAGAUGUUGGGCCCAUCUAACCGCGGUCACUUGUGGACGAAAAAUUCCUCCAGAAAUCCCAGAUCACAAGUACUUUAUGGCAUACGGUCCGGAUUAUGAAUUACUUAUCUCCCCUGGAAACAGAAGGAAUAUGAACAGUAAAGAAUCUCUACAGAAAAUAUACAGCUGUGUUAUUGAAAAUCUAAAACAACUUAAAGGCUCCUGAUAUUGGUGGAGAAACAAUUCAUUAAUGUGAUUCUGGAACAAAUGUUAUAUUGUUAAUAUGAAUUUUGUUUGCUAAAACUGGCAUUGAAUGAAUAUAUGAAGUGAUCAUCAGAAAUAUUGCUGACCAAAUUUUAUUGGAAAUUGUCAACAAUUAACAAAGGAAGCUGAUCUGUGAAUGGGCAAUAUCCAUAUUAACAAUAUUGUUGGAAUCUUAUAUUAAAUGUAUUGUUUUA